AUGCGCGCGCCUCCCGUGGAUCUUAAAAAGCUUGAAGCUGUUCGCCACGGGCCUCGCCGGGAUUUGCCUUACGAUGGAUCCGCACACGAGUUAACGUUUUUGGGGUUAGUUCCACGGCCUCAGCAGAGGCUCGAGGGGACUCUGAGGCUCGAAGAACAUUUGCAAUGUUUGGACUUUUAUUAUACGAGACCCUGGGAAGCAGCUGGUAAAGGUUUGCCGGUGAAUGAAAGUAAAACGAAUGACGGGGACCUCGGCUCUACUCCACGGUGCAUGCGAAGAAGCCGGUGGGCUGUGGGUUUAGCUUUCGUUGUUAUUGUUGGUGUUUUUGUUGGGCUUGAUGCAUUAGGAUAUGAUUACCGCACCAUCUUGAUUCAGGGUGCCGCCAAUCGAGCUACCUAUAAGGAUGGUGGCGACACCGCAUGCCACGCGACGCUCGCCGCCCCUAGUGGGCAGAGCUAA